UACUUCCGCCGGACGCUGUUUGGAGAAGCAUGGAGGAGGAGCGGAGGCUGCGGGGACGGCUGAGCCGCCGCAGGCCGCCCGCGGGGGGCGGGCCUCCUAACUGCCGCCCCUGGUUUCUCUCCGAGGGAAGUAAGAAUGAGCCCUGGGCCGCUCUGCUGCGAAGCACCGUGAGCGGGAACUCGGAUUGGACCCCGAAUAGUCAGCCAUUACCACCGCUGCCUGCUUUCCCCAGCCAGGAGUCUCUGCCUGGCCCAGAGUCCACUGUGCCUCCUGAGGUCUUCACUGUGGGAUCAAAGACUUUUUCCUGGACGCCUUUUCCACCUGCCCUUCGUGGCUCUGGAAGCUCCUACCACCUGUUUCUUGGUCCUGAAGACUCCCUGGGGUCACCUACUCCAUCCUUGAAAGGAUGCCCUGCACUGGAUCCCCAUCAGACUCCCAGCACCCAGGAGUGUGUGCCUGUGCAGAGUCCGUCUGUGUUGCUGAGUUGCCCAUUGUGCCAGAAGGCAUUUGACCCCAAGCUGACCCAGCUAGAUGUGGAUAGCCACCUUGCUCAGUGCUUGGCAGAAAGCACAGAAGACGUGGUAUGGUGAGCUGCAGGGUGCCUUGCUGUCUCUUCUCCUUCAAAAGUACAUAAUGACAUUGGGUGUGGCUGCUUCUUUGCGUGGACAUCUGAGUACUGGCUUUUUCUGGUUUUGUUCGUGGGCACUGGACAUAAUGCUGGUCACUGACAGCAGGCAGCGGGGUUCAUCUUUAUUGUCAGCCUAACUGGAUUUGGAAUCCCCUAGGAGUCACAUCUCAGGGUGUGCCUGUGAAACUGUUUCCAGAGAUUAACUGGGAAAGGAAGUCCCACUUGAAUGUGAGUGGCACCGUGGCCUGAGGUCCCACUGACUGAAUGUGUGUGGCACCGUAGACACACACUGAUUGAAGAGGGAAAAGGGAGAAACCGAGCUGCUCCCUGAUUGGGGGUGUGAUGAGAUGCACUUCUUACCUGCCACGGCAGUUCUAGCUGCCUUUGCUACUGUGCCCUCCCUGCCGCAGGGACCGCACCUUCAACUGUGAGCCAGAAUAAAUCUUAAAUUGCU